GCGGCAAUCGCGUAUAAAUUGAAGCUGUCGCGUUGAUUAGCACUCAAUCCGCUUUCAGCUUCGGAAUCUACAAGAGUCUUGACUCGAACAUUAGUUUUUCAAACAAGUUGAAGUACAAACUAUUUCGUUAAAAUGGUCGUAACUAAAAAUUUAGGUUUCACCGAAAAGGUAGCCAAAGUUGAUCGCCAGCCUUUGCAUGUUGUAAACACCCCGUACGAGAAAGCCACAUUCGGAAUGGGAUGCUUCUGGGGAUGCGAUUCGCUAUUCGGUGCCACGAAAGGAGUGUUGAGAACCUCUGUCGGGUAUUCCGGUGGCACUACCGACUCGCCAGUCUACAGAAACAUGGGCGACCACACGGAAGUGAUCGAAAUUCACUACGAUCCAACCCAAAUAAGCUAUUCGGACUUGCUGGAUUUGUUCUGGAAUAACCACGAGUACGGUCUAACCACCCGCAUUAAGCGCCAAUAUAUGUCGCUCAUUUUGUGCCACAAUGAGGAACAACGUCGCAUUUCCGAGGCUAGCCGAUCCGAGGAACAAAUCAAGCGAGCGCCUGAGCAGAUUAUUACCGAAAUUGCGACCGCUGGAGUCUUCUAUCCCGCUGAAGAUUAUCAUCAGAAGUAUCGCCUGCAAAGUCACCGCGAGCUGACGAAAGAAUUGGGGUUGACUCCGGAACUGCUGCAGAGCUCGCACGUAGCGGCAAGGUUGAACGGUUAUCUGAUCGGCGUCGGUGGAUUGGAGCAGUUCGAUAAGGAUGCCGAGCGGCUUGGUCUUAGUCAGGAGCAAAUUCAGUACGUGCGAGAUUACGUACGGGACAACGAAGGCGGCGGUAUCUUCUGCUAAACCCUGGGCCAAGUUGAGUUUAGAUCUUUUAGUUUGUAGUUUUACUUCGUUUUAAUUGUUAUCCGUUGAACUGCUAGUUGAGUGGUAAUAUUUUUAUAAAGUAUUACUGAAUUAAUAAUUCUGAUAGCUUAAGAUAAAAUCGUUCGUAGUAGUUUGCUCUACUGGACUUCUAGUACCUAGGUUAGAAUUAAGUACGCACAUUUUUGUGUGCGAAAUGAGAUAUUUAGCUCUAUGUUUACAAAUUUAUUCCUCUACUUGAUGAAAUAAACUCCACUUAAACGUAAUAUAA